UCGAGGGUUCCUAGGCCUUUGGCCUCGUAGCCGAAGACUACGAGUUCGUUGGUGUAGGGGUCAAUUAUCGAUCGGACGCGAACGGAUGCCUUAUCUUGUUGUUUAUAAGUGCUGCCAGUCGGUGAGGCACAUCUGAGUACGCCUAGGAUCAAGCAGUAUGGCGAUCACCUUUGAAGAGUUCCGCACCGCAUUCCAAAGAAACAUUACCACUCCCCAGGGCCACGAUUAUGCGCGUCUGGUCCAUCGCUGGUCGCCAAAUGAGGAAGGCAAGCCCUUGCUCGUGGUAGAGCCACUUCUUGAAAAAGACGUCUCGUGGGCUAUACGUUAUGCCAACUUGAACAACGUCGAAGUCGCUGUUGUCGCCGGCGGGCAUUCUUUCAUGGGCGCGUCAAGCUCGAAUGGGGGCAUGCAAAUCGACCUUCGGUGCGUGAAGCAGGUCUACGUCGAGAACGAGCGGUUCGGCGCCGACGGGAUCCUGAGUGUCCAAGGCGGUGCAUCGAUAGGCUUCUUUGGGUGGCUGCUGGGCGGAGGGGCCGGAUGGGCGAUGGGCAAGUACGGCUAUGCUGUCGACUCGGCGCUGUCGGCGCGUGUAGCGCUAGCGUCUGGCGAGGUCGUGACGGCAUCGCUGGACGAGAAUCCCAACCUCUUCUGGGCGCUCCGGGGUGCAGGCUACAACUUUGGCGUCGUCACGAGCCUCAAGCUGCGCGUCGAGGCUUGCCCACAUAGGAUCUUUUUCGCCUUGCUCGCCUACCAAACCUCUGAGUUCGAGGCAUUGAUUGCCGCAUCAGCGGAGUACGCCAAGACUCAAGGAGGCGAAGACUCCCUGGGAAUUAUCUAUGGGACGCAAGACGCCUUCGGGGGGCCUGGGGAGUCCAUGCUGCUGAUCUUGUAUUACCAUGGGCAUGACGAGGCCGAGGCGCGACGCCGAUUCAAGCCCGUUAUGGACAUACCGCAUAUGCCUCUCCGCUGUGGCAUGGAGUGGUUGACCGCUGCGUGCGACUUGGUUGAGUCCACGAUACCAUAUACGCGCCGCUAUGCCGACUCCACGGCCAUGGCCGACAUGUCAUUUGAUGCGUUAAAGCCGGCUUUGAGAAAAUGCGCGCCUGGUACGGACAAGGCCGAGGACGAGGAUGAGGCGAUACGGCUCUGCAAAGAUAUUAUCAGUGAAAUCCAUGGGAAGCAGGAACAAAUCCUUGGCCUUCGGGAUCACAGGUGGGGAUCGGUAUAUCCGAAUGGAGCUCUCCUUCCCGGCACUGAGGCGUCCUACGUUUUCGGGGAUAGGUAUCCCCGUCUUCAGGAGGUUAAGGCGAAGUACGACCCUGGGAACUUUUUUCAUAAGAAGCAUCCCAUAGAACCUCUGAAGCGUUGA